AUGUCCGAGUCGACUUGGGAAAAGACUAAGCGCUUCUCUAAGAAGGGCUUCGACAAAACAUGGGCCACCGUCGAUAAACUCGGUGCGCCCGUCAAUCGCCUCUCCAACAAGCUAGGUGCUGAGGCUUUUUGGCCUAUGUCCAUUGAUAAAGAAAGCGAUAAGGCUGCACGUAUCCUCCGAAGCUUCUGCAAAGACGGCUUCUAUGCGCCUGAAUCCGAAGUUGGAACAGACGAGAAUGGCAAGAUCAAUCGCCCCAAGGGCAAGCAGAAGGUUAUUCAAAAGAUUCCUUCUAAAGUUAUCCAGAACGCCAAGGGUAUCGCUAUAUUCACCACCAUGCGAACUGGCCUUUGGGUCAGUGGUUCCGGAGGCAGUGGAGUCUUGCUUGGUCGAGUUCCCGAGACUGGUGAAUGGAGUCCACCAUCUGGUAUCAUGCUUCACACCGCUGGUAUUGGUUUCCUGGCUGGUGUCGACAUAUACGACUGUGUUGUGAUUAUAAAUACAUAUGAAGCGCUGGAAGCUUUCAAGAAACUGCGCUGCACUCUCGGUGGAGAAGUCAGUGUCGCCGCUGGCCCUGUUGGCAUGGGCGGCGUACUGGAAUCCGAGGUACAUAAACGCCAGGCCCCAAUAUGGACAUACAUGAAAAGCAAGGGUCUCUACGCCGGCGUUGCAGUCGACGGUACCAUUAUUAUCGAGCGUACAGACGAGAACGAACGAUUUUACGGCGAGCGCAUCUCCGUCACCGACAUCUUGAAUGGCAAAGCACGCCACCCACCAGAAUCGAUCAGCACGCUUCUGCAAACCAUCAAAUCAGCACAGGGAGAUAGAGAUGUCGACGAAACCAUGAUCCCACCACCCGGUGAAACCCCCGGCGACAUCGAUCUUGGAGAAGAAGGCCACCCCUUCGGCGUCCCAGCGGCCGAGGACCCGGACCCGUACGGAGUGAAAGCAUUAGAGGCCGAGGGCAUGUUCAUACGCGAGGCUGGCACGAAGGUGAGGCCGAGCCCCGAAACCUUUGAAUUCCGGCCCAACCCGGGUAGUCCGGUGUAUGCCACAUUUUCACGGCGCAGUCUUGACAGCUCGCCGAGAAAUAGUUGGCGAGGUAGCCUGCAAAGCUACGCUAGCGUGAAUCGCGGCACUCAGACAGACGACCUCCCGCUAACCACCCCUACAUCAGUAAGCCGAGCGUCUUCGCGGAGUGCGAAGGAAUCAACAGAUGUUUCGGCCGCAAACUCAUGGGCUAAAGCCAACUGGGACACAGUGACGACUGAUGGUGGCGAGAGAAAGAUGAAACCGCAAAAGGAAGAGGAUAAGGACUUUGAAGAUGCGAAGAGAGUUAUUGAGCGUGCUGAGAUGGAGAAUGAGAGAGAAGAACAACCAGGUGAUUAUGAGGAGGAUUUCGAAGUUCACGAAGUUAGCAAUGCGACGAUGGCUAAGCAGGAGCGUCGUGCCGAAUCUCCAGUCGAGGAACGCCCCUCUACCGCGGACUCCUCUUCACGCUCAUCCCCUAACUUUACCCGGGCUCGCCUUGUUACUAUCCCCAAACGGCCAGCUCAAACUCCCCCUGCUUUGCCCCCUCGCCACCCUCAUCACACAUGGGGCUCGGGAUCAAGUCGUGAAUCCACCUCUCCUACUGCGCUUUCGCACUCUAGCCGCAGUACUGAGCCAACAGAAGCAGCCGGUGACUCAGUCGACUUCACUGAGUCAACUACCGACUCUUUGCCUUCGAAUGUGAAGAAGCUUCAGACAAACACUGUUCUACCUGCCGUCGUUGACGAGGACGAUUUCGAUGAUGAAGACCUCGCCGAGUCUGAUGUCGAAUUGCCCACCGAGAAAGAUGAGGAAUUCCACUCCGUCAAUGGCGAUUUCGAAGAACACGAGGAAGACCAGGACCAGGGCGAAGACCACACAGAGGAGCAACAGAAGGACCAAACAAAUUGCGGCAAUUCGUUCGAGGCCUUGGCGGAUGACUUUAAUCUCUUAGCCGAAAACCUUGAUUCCAUGGAUAUCGAGAAGCUCGACAGGCCAGAAUUGGAUCCAGUGUCUCAAAACUCCGAAGAAAAGGCUGAGCCCGUCGCCGAAGAAAAAUUCGAACCUAGCCCGGAAACAGAAAGCCUCAAGUUUGAAGCUUUAGAAGCAGCUACUAAGAACCCAAUCGAGCCAAAGUCUGAUGAAUUUGAUCGCAACAAGUCAAUUUCUGAAGACGAGACCCACGACUUGGUCAAUAUCUAUGCUCUUAAUGCUCAAGCUGCCUAA